CUGUCAUUUCGCUGUCACGUCAGUAUUUGAAAAUUUGGUCAGCCAAUUCGCACUCAGUUUACAAAAAUAAAACAAACUUAUUAUUUACAAGUUUUUAUUAUUUUCAAAGCUGCUGGAGCCACGCUCAUCUAUUUAAUCAAUGGAAUUUGCAACAUUGGUGCUAACUCUCGCCUUUCUACAUGGUGCUUCGAGUUUCGACUCGAGUAAUAUAGUGUUCGUAAUAAUAAGUCAAACCGAGCCGUACCAUGCCAGCGUAGCUGCGAGACUCAAGAAAAAUAUAGAGAGCCAAGUAUUGGAAGUAGAAAAUCGGCAUCCCAUAGUCCACAUAACCCACGAGGACUUCCCCGUUCCGGGAGCGUGGACCAUCAUCCCACUGUUGGGUCCAAUAGUGGACAAAUACAAGGGCCACGAGAUCAGAUGGGUGGUUUUCCUUGAGGCCCACACGGCGGUUCGAUGGCGCAAUUUGUUUGACACAUUGAAAGCUGCUGAUGAACAGAAGGACACCAUGUGGAUUGGCUAUCCCCUCAGUGACGAGGAACCCACGAUCAUUCAUCACUUCACCUUCUACGAGGACCUGGAGGAGGAAGGGGGCUUCGUGUACCCACACUUUGCUAGUGGCUUCGCUAUGAGGCUGGAACUUAUUGAGAACCUCCGCAACCAAGUAGAAUCAGGUGAAUGGAAGCCUGAAGCAGACUUCUUUAUAGACCCAGCAUUCGAGCUGGCUCAAUUGGUCUACCGAGGUGCUGACAACCCUGGCCCGCUGCUCACGCCAGAGAUGAGCUUCUGCGUGGUUUCUGGUGACAAUUGCGCGACGUAUCCGAGACAGUUUGACACAUGUGGCAGUGCCAUACCUGAGGAGUCGAUCUUCUUCGCAGUGAAGACCUGGAGUGGCUUCCACGGCACCAGAGCCAAGGUGGUGAAGAAGACCUGGGGGAAACACGUCAGCAAUCUGCUGUUCUUUAGUGAUAAACCAGAUCCUUCCCUCCCCGCCAUACAUACGGGAGUGGCCAACUCUAAGACAGGACAUUGUAUGAAAACUGUGGCCAUAUUGAAACUGGUGCUGCAAAAAGUGUUCAAUAUGCCACAUAUCAAGUGGAUAUUCUUGGCUGAUGAUGAUACCAUAUUGGGAGUACAAAGACUUUGUGAAGUGUUAAGCUGUUAUCGUGGAGGCUCUGACCUCACCGUCCUCGGAGAACGAUAUGGGUACGGCUACGGGAAGACGAACGGUGCUAAUAAAGGUUUCGACUAUAUCACGGGUGGGGGCGGCACUGUCCUAAGCGUCGCGGCGGCGCAAAAGCUUUCACAAUGCGUGUGCGCAUCCGUCUCCGCUCCGGACGACAUGACGCUCGGCGCGUGCGGCCAGCAUCGGCUCAAUGUCACCGCCACGCACUCGCCUCUGUUCCAUCAGGCACGACCACAAGACUAUUCCCGCGAGGUCCUUGCCCGGGACCGCCCUGUUUCAUUCCACGGACAUUCAUCCCCCGAGCCUCUAAGAGUAUACGCCACUUGGUUCCAACACGACGACUUAGCGCUCAGAAAAAGAAGGGUUAAAGAUGAACUGUAAAACUUUUUUACUCGACUGCCCACAAAAAGUACUGUUACGUUUUCAGAGUUCCAUGUUUGUAUGUAUGUUUGCGAAUUUCUUUAUUUGGCUAGUCUACAAAAUGUGCUCAAUAAAUUCCACGGAUAUGUACUGAUUUUCAAGAUAAUAGCUUCUUACAUAUCUCUGUGUCAAAAAAAUUGGCUAAAUAUAAAAUACUCGAAUGCGCCUCGAAUAUUAGAUUAAUAUGGCAAUUUUAAUGUCUCAUUCGCAAUAUGAAAAGAAUAUCAAAAAUUUAAUCUACUUAUUAAUAAUUUAUUUAAGAUACAUAAGAAGAUAUUUAUGUAUAUGUAAAUAAGUUAUAUAAUGUAUGGUAUAUAUGCAUAAUAUGCAUGCAAUUAUGCAUAAUAACAAAUACAUUAUGAAAUCUUACGCUUCAUUCAGUUAAAAUAUAGUUUUAAUAUUAUGUAUAUACUUUGUAAGUUUAUUGCGAUAAUUCUAAGAAAAUUACACUUAUCAUAUUAUGCA